AUGAUAGGCUCAUCAUCAGUUCUACUUCGUCGUCUUGCCAGACGUAAAAGAGUUGGAGGUGCCAAGUAUUACACCAAUACAACAGAUGAAGAGGAAAUGAUAGAUCAUGGAAAUGAUAUUUCAACAGUUGGAACUCAUCAUCCUAUGGUAAGAUAUUUAGAAAGUGAUGAGGAAGGAGAAGCAAUGCCUCUCAUUUCAACUACAACAACCAAUGGUGGAGAGAAGGCACUUUCACCAAUAGGAGUUGGAAGUACAAUUGAUGAUGCACUCGAGUAUUUAUUUCAUAAAACACCAAAUAAUAUUCCUAAAAAGAAGAGUGGAGCAACACUAUCAAGAAAGGAGUCGGAUGUAAUUUCUCAAGUUUCAGGAACUAGAUUUAUGUACUUUUCAUUGGCCAACGAAGAGAGAAGAUUAUUCUCAUCUGCUUUUGAUGUUAUUCAAUUUUUGAAAAGUGAGAGUGGACAUUUUGAUAGUGUGGAAAAUGAUGAAGCAAAACCUUUCUGGUUGGAUUGCCAACUUUCUCCCAACGAAGAUGUAGACAAAUUGAGGAGCUACUUUAAAUUUGAACCAACCACAGCAGAGAAUUGUUAUUGUGAUCACUUUGAAGUUUCGGAAAAGUGGGAAUAUUUUGAUAAUUAUUUCUUUUGUGCCACGAGUGUUAGAGUGAAAGAAGUAAAACAACAAUCGAAUAAUGAAAAGUCAGCUCCAAGUAUCAAGAAAUAUUUCUGGCAACAGGAACCUGAAAUAAUCAGAAAACCAAAACCUAAUUUAUUUCCCCAUAUUUAUUUGUCUAUACUUUUAUUCGAGAAUUGUAUAAUUACAUUCCAUGAGAAACCCUUUAUUGGAUUUGAUAUUGCUCUUGCCCAUUUGGAGAGAAAGUAUGCUAGAAUGACUGGAAGAGUGAAAUAUGUGAGAAGUCAAGAUAAUCUGAGUGCAAUAUCCUCGGCCUCUAGUUUGGAAUAUUCACUUGCAGCAUCUCCUUCUUUUGUUUUUCACAACUUGAUGGAUUCCAUUGUUGAGAAACUUAUUCCAACAGUUGAUGGUAUUACAAAGUCGUGUGACAUGAUUGAUGAGUUUGCUCUAUCAUUUUCCAGCUCAUAUCAAGGUAAUUCAGUGGUUGAGGAUAUUGCAGAUCUCAAACGUAAAAUUGUGGUUCUAAGAAAACUGAUAGUGCCAAAACAGAGAAUGUUCGUCUAUUUGGUUUCACAUUAUCUUACUGCAUCUUAUUUUGCUGAGGAUGUUAGAAUUUAUAUGAGAGACGUUUUGGAUCAUUUGACAUAUUCUUGUGACAAGUUGGAAAUGGCUGUUGAUGCUCUCUCUGAAUCCCAUACCAAUUACUUGACCAAGUUGCAAAUUGAAAUGGCACAAGCAUCAUCCAUAACAGACAAAUUCAUGAAUAGAUUGAGUUCCAUGGCUAUGAUUUACGCACCCUUAACAUUAAUUGGCACUGUAUGGGGUAUGAAUUGUCAAGUUCCGGGACAGAAUGAGGAUUCGUUGUAUUGGUUCUUUGGUAUAUGUGGGUUUAUGGUUCUGCUUGUUGUUGUCAUUGUCAUUCUAUUAAGGAAGAAAAUAUUGUAA